AUCAAAGUUGUUCGUUGCCUCGUCGUGAGCGGUUGUGUUGCCAGCGGAAAGCCAAUCCCAAAACCGACUUGUGUCCAAUUCAGACGCCAAAAAUAACGUAAACCCCGAGAUCCGGUCCAAACAACAACUUGAAGCGUGCAGCCAAAGCGAACCACUGGAUUAUCGCGCGCACGUUUCUCCAACAAUCAUCAAAAAAAGCAAACAAAAACACACACAUCCAACAAAAUUAAUUUAUAAUAUUAUUAUUAUUAUUAUUUUGCCAAACACACACAACAAACAAGAUUUUGUACAAAUUGGCUAAUUGUGACAUACGAAUUGGUUCUAAAAAUCCACACCAACAAAUAAGUGAAACAGUGAAAAUUUCAAACACCACACAAACCAAACACCCACCAACUCUGAAAUUUGAAUACAAAAACACAUCAGAAAUUGUUACUCAACAAACUCCAACAUAGGAAAUAAAAAGAUCACUAUGGAAAACUGAAAAGCACCAACAAAGACAUCGAACGAAUCGAGACACGAAGCGAAGGAAGCAAACAACUGAAAGAAAAUAAACUAAGAGAAUACGAAGUAAAGCGAACAAAAAGAGGCCAACAUGCAGAUGAUCACGAUCAUUAGCAUCUGGUGCAUUCUGGCCAGCAUCUUCAGUCCGAGCGAGGCCCUGGCCAAUUGCCCGCCGGGCUGCCAGUGCGACGACAACACCCUGGUGGUGCAGUGCGGCGAGGGACAGCUGGACGUGCUGCCCAUCGCCUUGAAUCCCUCCAUCCAGCGACUGGUGAUCAAGAGCAACAAGAUCAAGACGAUCGACUCGUCCAUCCAGUUCUAUGCGGAGCUGACGUUCCUGGACCUCUCCUCGAACCACCUCAUGACGAUCCCACAGCGCACGUUUGCCUACCAGAAGAAGCUGCAGGAGGUGCAUCUGAACCACAACAAGAUCGGCCAGAUCAGCAACAAGACCUUCAUUGGUCUGUCGGCUGUGACCGUUCUGAAUCUGCGUGGCAAUCUGAUCUCUGAGCUGCACCAGGGCACCUUCACGCCGCUGCUGAAGAUUGUGGAGCUGAAUCUGGGCGAGAAUCGCAUCGGCUUCCUCGACCCCAAGGCCUUCGAUGGACUCACUCAGCUGCGGAUCCUCUAUCUGGACGACAAUGCCCUGACUUCGGUGCCCGAUCCCGUCAUCUUCCAGGCCAUGCCAAGUCUCGCCGAACUCUUCCUGAGCAUGAACUCCCUGCUGACCAUCCAGCCUGCCGCCUUCCAGGACCUGAAGGGCCUCACUCGACUCGAGCUGAAGGGCGCCAGUCUGCGUAAUGUCUCCCACGACAGCUUCCUGGGCCUCGAGGAGCUGCGCAUUCUCGAUCUGUCGGACAAUCGCCUGGCCCGCAUUCCCUCCGUGGGCCUCAGCCAGCUGGUGCGCCUCGAGCAGCUCUCCCUCGGCCAGAACGACUUUGAGGUGAUCAGCGAGGGCGCCUUCGUGGGCCUGAAGCAGCUGAAGCGUCUCGAUGUGAAUGGAGCCCUCAAGCUGAAGCGUGUCAUGACCGGAGCCUUUGCUGCCAACGGAAAUCUCGAGUACUUGAAUCUCUCCUCCAACAAGAUGCUGGUGGAGGUGCAGGAGGGCGCUCUGAGCGGUCUGCCCCAUCUGCGUCAUGUGGUAAUGAAGGCCAAUGCUCUGACCUCGCUCGCCGAAGGCCUCUUCCCCUGGAAGGAUCUGACCACGCUGGACCUCUCCGAGAAUCCCAUCUCCUGCGACUGCCGAGUGAUGUGGCUGCGCAACCUGCUGGUGGCCAAGAACGCCACUCAGGACGAGGUGUCGGAGCUGAUGUGCGAGUUUCCCGAGCGACUACGCGGCGAGUCCCUGAAGCACCUGAACCCCACGCUGAUGGGCUGCACCCACACGGACCCCCGAAAACAGGCACUGAUUGGCGCUCUGCUGGUGGGCUCGGCUGCCACCAUCACGGCCCUGGCUCUGGUUGUCUACCGCUGCCGCCACAAGAUCCGCGAGUACCUCAAGGGAGGACUGUGGGGAAACUCUGCCUUGGGCCGCAAGGAGCGCGAGUACCAGAAGACCUUCUGCGACGAGGACUACAUGUCGAGGCAUCAGCACCAUCCCUGCUCCCUGGGCAUCCACUCCACCUUCCCCAACACCUACACGGCUCCCCAUCACCCCACUGCCCCCGGCCAUCACUACGGCAUGUGCACCGGCAUGCCCAUCAAUGACCUGAAUGCCGGCAGCGAUCCCCAGCACAAGUUCCAGCAGCUGCAGGUGCCCACGGGCAGCCUGAUGAACGAGAAGAAGCUGAACAACAACAAGGCUCUGGUCAGCCAGGGCGCCAUCGAUGACAGCGCCUCCUUUGUGCUGCACAUGAAGACGGCUACGUUGGCGCGGGACCACCAGCAGCAGCAGGCACAGCAGCAGCAGCAGCAGUCGGGAGUCCAGUCCAAGCUGAAUCACUACACCAAGCCGCAAUUCCUGUCGGCCACCGCAGCUGUGGGCGAUUCCUGCUACUCGUACGCCGAUGUCCCCAUGGUCCACGGUGCCCCACUGGGACCCGCACCACAGCUGCAGCUGCAUCCACAGCUGCGCCUCACCCAUGAGCACUUCAAGCACCGUGUGGAAGGCGUCGAGCACUACGACAACGAGGUGAACAGCGAAAUACUCGAUCCCAACUACAUAUACAGCAACGCCCACUACUCGAUGCCGCUGGAGCAGUUGGGACGCAGCAAGACCCCAACACCACCGCCCAUGCCACCGGCACUGCCACUGCGCAACGGGCUGUGUGCCACCACUGGACGCAGGUCCUUCCAGCAGAAGUCCACCCAGUCCCAGCAGAACAACAAUACCCUGCGGCAGUUCACCCACUGAUCCACGGUCGACUAUCGACGCAGGCAGCUGAGCAUCUAUGCUUAGUUCGGCGCUGCCCAACACUGUGAUGCCAAAACCAAUCCCCAACCACAUCCCCCUCUCUCCUUGAGUAGUGCUUAAGAAAGAUUUAAGAACGAAUUGUAGUAGCUAUAGAUGAGAGUUUAGUCAGUAAGUCCGAGAAAAUCUUGCCCUGUACAUAACCAACACAAAAACACGUUUCUCUCGCCCUUU